CUUCAAUUUUCAUUUCCUCAGCACGAACCCUGGGUCGAAACCCUAGCUCUCAGCAGCGAUGCAGAUAUUCGUGAAAACCCUUACGGGGAAGACAAUCACCCUUGAGGUGGAGUCUUCUGACACCAUUGAUAAUGUCAAGGCCAAGAUCCAGGACAAGGAGGGCAUCCCACCAGAUCAGCAGCGUCUCAUCUUCGCAGGAAAGCAGCUUGAGGACGGUCGCACCCUCGCCGACUACAACAUCCAGAAAGAGUCCACUCUCCACCUCGUCCUCCGUCUCCGCGGUGGCGCUAAGAAGCGCAAGAAGAAGACCUAUACCAAGCCUAAGAAGAUCAAGCACAAGCACAAGAAGGUGAAGCUCGCUGUCUUGCAGUUCUAUAAGGUUGACGAUUCCGGAAAGGUGCAGAGGCUCCGCAAGGAGUGCCCCAACGCUGAGUGCGGUGCUGGAACCUUCAUGGCUAACCAUUUUGAUCGCCACUACUGCGGCAAGUGCGGUCUCACUUAUGUAUACCAGAAGGCGGAUGCCACCCUCCAUAUCAUUCUUUCUCCUUUUAGUCAGAAACCCUUGGAAACCCUAGCAGCUGCAAUGCAGAUAUUCGUGAAAACCCUUACGGGGAAGACAAUCACCCUUGAGGUGGAGUCUUCUGACACCAUUGACAAUGUCAAGGCCAAGAUCCAGGACAAGGAGGGCAUCCCACCAGAUCAGCAACGUCUCAUCUUCGCAGGAAAACAGCUCGAGGACGGUCGCACCCUCGCCGACUACAACAUCCAGAAAGAGUCCACUCUCCACCUCGUCCUCCGUCUCCGCGGUGGCGCCAAGAAGCGCAAGAAGAAGACCUAUACCAAACCUAAGAAGAUCAAGCACAAGCACAAGAAGGUGAAGCUCGCUGUCUUGCAGUUCUAUAAGGUUGACGAUUCCGGAAAGGUGCAGAGGCUUCGCAAGGAGUGCCCCAACGCUGAGUGCGGUGCUGGAACCUUCAUGGCUAACCAUUUUGAUCGCCACUACUGCGGCAAGUGCGGUCUCACUUAUGUAUACCAGAAGGCGGAUGCCUAA